AUGAGCUCGCAAGUUGCGAACAACUUGCACCCGAACAUGUCGCAACCUCCACAAAACAACUUUGCCAACAACAUGAGCAACAUGCAUGGCUUCCACCUUUCAAUGGCCUCAGGCCAGGGUCCUCCGAAUUGGCCAAACGGCCAAGAGUUCCAUCCAAUGUAUUCUCAACAACAGAACAUGAACAUGGGCAUGGUAUACCACCAGAAUGGUCCCAUGCCCGCCCAAAUGAGCAACCAAAUGUUGCUGCAACAACAACAAGCUAAGAAGUUGGGUCAGAAGAGGAAGAAUCCUCAGCCAACGCCUCAGGGUGUUAAUGCGCGGCCGGUGAAGCAACAGUUCAUGCAAGGAUAUCAACAAUAUCCAGCCGGUUUCCAGCAAGGUCAGAUGGGUAUGCAACAGAUGCCACAACAAUAUAAUGGUCAGAUGGGACAGCAGAAUGGUGCUAACAUGCCUCAGCAGUACCAAAAGUGAGUUUUAAAAAAUAUUUUUGAAAAUAAAAAAUUGUUUUUUGUAAAGAAAGUUUUUGCAAUUUCCAAACUUAAAUUUUAAAAUAAAAAAAAUUAUGUCUUACUGUAUUCCUUUACAGCUACAACCAACAACAAUGGAUGAAAGACGCGGUGAAACGAGAGCUUCGUAAUACUGUAGUAGCACGUCAAGCAGUAUCACCUAAUCAGCAGAACCUACCUCAAGGCAUGAUGAUGUCAGAGAUAGAGAUGUCGCGGUAUGGUGCUGCUGGUGCCAGUACUCCACCAAUUGGAAAUGGUAUGAAUGGUACUAUGUCCAACUCAAUGGGUACCAAUUUGAAUGGUGCUGGUGCUAAUGGUAUGCCUGUCACUAAUGGCAUACCUGGUGCCAACGGAAUUACAGGUGCUAACGGAAUGUCAGGUGCUAAUGGUAUGUCUGGUACCAUGAGUAUGAGCAACAUUCCUAACAAUGUUAAUGGUACUACUGGUACUCCCGGAGGCCCAAUGAGUACUGGUCCAAUGAGUACGGGAUCAGUGCCAAAUACUAUGAAUAGUACCGUUCAGAACAAUGGUACCAUGAUGGCGUCGCCUCGACUAAUGUCGAAUCAAAUGAAUCCACAGUACGACUACCGUAACCCACAAAUGAAUCAGCGAAUGUUGCCGGCUGAGAUGCGACAACAAACCUUUUUGCCCGAGCUGAGUUUAGACGAUUGUAAGAGCUAUCUACAUGGUGAUGAUCCUAGUGCACUGUCAGCGAUCGACACGGCUUCAUUAACGGACUUUAAGAUUUGCGAUGAUACGGUAGGUUACUGUAGAAAAUUUUUUUUCUUUUUUUAGGGUGAUGUACAUUUUAUAGUAUUUUUUAUCUUUUGGUACUAAAAAUUUAUAAAAAGUGAUUGAUUGAUACCUAUUCUUACUUUUAUUUACACAAAAAGCACAUAGGUAUACCUACAUUAAUAUCAGUAUUUCAAAUCUUAAUAUUGACUACAUUUCAGUUCGACAUGGACAACGAAGAUACCCGCAAGAUUGUGCACAAAUUGCUUAGUUGA